UGUACGUACCGUACGUAUCUAUCUGCAUGCGCUGUCCAAAUCCAACUUCAGCUUACACGUUGUCGGGUUCUGCACUCAGCGCAGCUGGAGAGCAGCAAAAACAUCUAAACCUGGAUCGUUCCAAUACUUUACAUAUGAAUUAAAAGUAAUACAGCAUGGAGGAUGCUUGGGGAAUAUUAUUGCUUUCUUUUGCUAUGUUAGUGGGGUGCUUCGUCGCCGGAACAAUACCCCUUACCGUACCUUUUUCUGAGAGCAAGAUGAGACUAGUGACAGUUCUGGGGGCAGGUCUCCUUGUGGGCACAGCACUGGCUGUCAUCAUUCCAGAGGGUGUGCACACAUUAUUUGAGGCAACACAUGAUUCACACAUCCAUAGAGCUGUGAACCCACCAGUGGCAGGAGCAGAAAACCAGGCAGGAGGGCAGCCAGCCAAUGGCAACCCCCAUGAUGCUAAUGGGGAAACCCACGCUCACAUUCACAUGACACACAGCGAGGAGGAACUCCACUAUGUUAUAGGGGUGGCAUUAGUUCUAGGGUUUGUUUUCAUGCUGCUGGUGGAUCAGAUCGGAGGUGCUCAUGGUCAUUCUCACACUCAAAUAGCAGGUGAAGGUGAAACUACAUCUAGAUCAAGCCGGGUGGGAUUCACUGCAACAUUAGGACUAGUUGUACAUGCAGCAGCCGACGGUGUUGCUAUGGGGGCAGCAGCAAUGGGCCGAACAGAUGUCCAGAUGAUUGUUUUCAUCGCAAUCAUGCUUCAUAAGGCGCCAGCAGCAUUUGGCCUGGUGACGUUCUUACUACACGAGAACUACCAGCGCAAUAAGAUACGCCGACACCUCAUGGUCUUCUCAAUGGCAGCACCAGUAGCAGCUCUUGUCACAUAUUUUGGUCUGAGUCACGCUAGCAAAGAAGCACUGUCCACAUUCAAUGCUACUGGCAUUUCCAUGCUCUUCUCUGCCGGAACAUUCCUGUACGUAGCCACCGUCCACGUUCUUCCAGAAAUCGCAGGAAUUCGCCAUGUGCCCUCAGACGUAGAGGGCAGUGCAGAUGUGACGUCAGGGUUCAGUCGGUUAGAGCUCCUAGCCGUGGUCAGUGGCUGCUUAGCGCCCUUGAUAUUGUCAUUAGGUCACCAUCACUAAAAAAGGAAAAAGCUUUGAUAUAUUGUGAAACAAGUUCAGCCCAAGGCCAAGUCUAUAACAGGCUUCAGGAGCCAUGACGUGACAGCAUGUGUUUGCACAUGUACUUGCAACCAGUGAAGACCAACAUGUAGGUCUUGCUCUAGAUGCCAGAUAUGGCCAAACCAAGACAAUUGAUUAAGACUAACUUCUGACCCCUAUAAUUUGGUAGAAACAUCAGAACUGUAUUCUGGAGGUCUUAAGUUCACAGCUUGGUUCAGUCAAUGUUCUUGCUUCAAGACUACGUGCUCAGCUUCCACAUUUGGUCUAUUUGAUGAAAAAAUAAUAGUUUUGGACUUCGGCAAAUCUGCAUGACUGGGGUUUGCUCAGCACUAAAGUGCUGUUUAGGGAGUAAGACUUGUUUUUAUUUUUAACUUCUCCAAAGACUGCAAGUGUAUAUUACUAGUUUCCUUAGUUGUAAUUUAGUUUCCAAAAUAAGAUGAGUCAAAACUGUUUAAGGUGGAGGCUGCAGGGGAUGCUUGCCCAGAAUUUCACAUGGAAAGUUGAGCUAAAGCAUAGUUUAAAUAUAUCAUUACGAUACUAUUUGCCAUGCCACUUCACUGAAUUAGGUUAAACAAAAUAAUAGUUGUGCUUCCUAUCACAUUGAAAAAAAAAUGGGUAGGUGGGUAGUAUCUUUUUUAUUUCU